AUGAUCGAUCAUCUGUUCUCGCAACCUUAUCCGACGAUGCAUUGUAGACCUAGGCUGGACUUACUCUUAGUUUCACCUGGAUGCUCUACUAACGCUUUAUUUCCAUCAACUUUUGAUUACUCGGGUGAUCGUCCAACUACGGUCCAAGCUACUCUAUUAGGAGCACAUAUCUUCCGGGGCAACACUGUCUAUACUAUACUGAUGCUGGUUAAUAAUCCGAUGCAGCGGGAUCUGACCCAACAACUUUGCUCGACCCUGUGCAUUAGUACGUAUUACUUUGGGGUCUCUCCCGCAAGAAAUCAAAAUGCCAACGCCAACAUGCCCAUGUCCGUGUCCGUGCGUGUUGAUCCAUGCUUGGACGUUUCCCAAAGUACGGUACGGUACUGUCCGCAGUCUACAGAUCAUAUAUGCUGGGAUGGAUCGAAAAUGCAAGGGCCUACAUUGCCGCAAUGCUUUGCAGCUAAGUUUCCGGUAGAUGAAAGAGGUUGA